CACUUGCAUCAGCAGCACCAUGGGGAUGCUGCGCAGCACACCAGGACAUGGAAGCUGCAGACCGACAGCAACAGCUGGGAUGAACAUGUGUUUGAAUUGGUACUACCUAAAGCUUGUAUGGUUGGACAUGUGGACUUCAAAUUCGUUUUGAACUCAAACAUCACCAAUAUUCCUCAGAUACAAGUGACAUUGCUGAAAAAUAAAGCUCCAGGAUUAGGGAAAGUCAAUGCUCUUAACAUUGAAGUGGAACAAAAUGGGAAACCGUCCCUGAUUGAUUUGAAUGAAGAAAUGCAGCAGAUGGAUGUAGAGGAAUCACAGUGUCUUAGAUUAUGUCCAUUUCUAGAAGAUCAUAAAGAAGACAUUCUGUGUGGGCCGGUAUGGCUUGCUAGUGGCCUUGACCUAUCAGGGCAUGCUGGGAUGUUGACAUUAACAAGUCCCAAACUUGUUAAAGGUAUGGCAGGUGGAAAAUAUCGUUCAUUUUUAAUCCAUGUCAAGGCAGUGAAUGAAAGAGGAGCAGAGGAAAUUUGUAAUGGUGGUAUCCGUCCUGUAGUAAGACUUCCAUCCCUCAAACACCAGAGUAACAAGGGCUACUCACUUGCUUCACUUCUGGCAAAGGUUGCAGCGGGCAAGGAAAAAUCAUCGAAUGUUAAGAAUGAAAAUGCAAGUGGUACCCGUAAAUCUGAGAACCUCAGGGGCUGUGACUUACUUCAAGAGGUCUCAGUCACCAUUAGAAGAUUUAAGAAAACUUCAAUUUCUAAGGAAAGAGUGCAACGAUGUGCCAUGUUACAGUUUUCAGAAUUUCAUGAGAAGCUUCUUAACACUCUUUGCAGAAAAGCAGAUGAUGGCCAAAUCACAGAACAUGCCCAGAGCCUUGUGUUGGAUACGCUCUGCUGGUUAGCUGGAGUACAUUCAAAUGGACCUGGCAGCUCAAAGGAAGGAAAUGAAAGCCUGCUUUCAAAAACACGAAAAUGUCUUUCAGACAUUGUACGCGUUUGCUUCUUUGAGGCAGGACGAAGUAUAGCCCACAAGUGUGCCCGGUUUCUAGCCUUGUGCAUAAGUAAUGGCAAAUGUGACCCAUGUCAACCAGGAUUUGGAUCUGUUCUGUUGAAGGCUUUACUUGAUAAUAUGUCACUUUUACCUGCAGCAGCAACAGGAGGUUCUGUCUACUGGUAUUUUGUCUUACUGAAUUAUGUUAAGGAUGAGGAUCUGGCUGGGUGUAGUACAACUUGUGCAUCUCUGCUCACUGCAGUGUCCAGACAGUUGCAGGACCGACUGACACCAAUGGAGGCGUUACUCCAGACAAGAUAUGGAUUAUAUAGCUCACCAUUUGAUCCAGUCCUCUUUGAUUUGGAGAUGAGUGGCUCUUCUUGUAAAAAUGUGUACAACAGCAACAUUGGUGUCCAGUCAGAUGAAAUUGAUUUAUCAGAUGUCCUUUCAGGAAAUGGAAAGGUCAGUAGUUGUACAGCUGCUGAGGGAAGUUUCACAUCCCUUACUGGACUUCUAGAAGUUGAGCCCCUGCACUUUACCUGUGUGUCAACUAGUGAUGGAACCAGAAUAGAAAGGGAUGAUGCAAGUACGUUUACUGUGAGUUCCUUCGGGGUUACUCCUGCAGUAGGUGGACUAUCAUCUGGGACAGUUGGGGAAGCCUCGACAGCCCUGAGUUCCGCAGCCCAGGUAGCUUUGCAGUCUCUCUCUCAUGCAAUGGCUUCAGCCGAGCAACAGCUGCAGGUGCUGCAAGAGAAACAGCAGCAGCUUUUGAAGCUUCAGCAACAGAAAGCGAAGCUGGAAGCCAAGUUACAUCAGACAACUGCUGCAGCGGCUGCAGCUGCAUCAGCAGCACCCACAGUAGGUCCUGUUCACAACUCUGUGCCUUCCAACCCAGUGGCUGCCCCUGGAUUCUUCAUCCAUCCAUCCGACGUUAUUCCACCCACUCCAAAAACAACACCUCUUUUUAUGACUCCACCACUCACUCCGCCCAACGAAGCCGUUUCCGUUGUGAUCAAUGCCGAACUUGCCCAGCUCUUCCCAGGCUCAGUCAUUGAUCCCCCAGCUGUCAAUCUUACUGCACAUAACAAAAAUUCCAGCAAGUCCAGAAUGAAUCCACUUGGUUCUGGUCUAGCCCUUGCGAUCUCUCAUGCUUCACACUUUCUCCAGCCUCCACCUCACCAGUCCAUUAUUAUAGAGCGAAUGCAUUCAGGAGCAAGGAGAUUUGUGACUUUGGAUUUUGGUAGACCUAUAUUGUUGACAGAUGUAUUGAUUCCCACUUGUGGAGACUUGGCCUCUUUAUCAAUUGACAUUUGGACGUUAGGAGAAGAGGUGGAUGGAAGACGAUUGGUAGUGGCAACUGACAUAAGCACCCAUUCACUAAUUCUUCAUGACUUAAUUCCACCUCCUGUGUGCAGGUUUAUGAAGAUUACUGUCAUUGGACGUUAUGGAAGCACAAAUGCCAGAGCCAAAAUCCCUUUAGGUUUUUACUAUGGGCAUACCUAUAUCUUGCCUUGGGAAAGUGAGCUGAAAUUAAUGCACGACCCUCUCCGGGGAGAGGGAGAAUCUGCAAACCAGCCAGAAAUUGACCAGCACUUAGCAAUGAUGGUUGCUCUACAGGAGGACAUACAGUGCAGAUAUAACUUGGCUUGUCAUCGUCUGGAAACUCUUCUGCAAAGUAUCGAUCUUCCCCCUCUCAACAGUGCUAAUAAUGCACAGUACUUUUUACGAAAACCAGACAAGGCAGUUGAGGAAGACAGCAGAGUGUUUUCUGCUUAUCAGGAUUGCAUUCAGCUUCAGCUUCAACUAAACUUGGCUCACAAUGCAGUGCAGAGGCUCAGAGUGGCUCUAGGUGCAAGCCGCAAGACAUUGAGUGAAACAUCAGAGCCAGAAGAUUUCAUUCAGGCGUCUUCCACAGAGCAGUUGCGUACUAUCAUCCGAUACUUACUGGAUACUUUGCUCAGUCUUCUUCAUUCUUCUAAUGGGCACUCUGUCCCUGCAGUUUUGCAGAGUACGUUUCAUGCCCAGGCCUGUGAAGAGCUCUUUAAACAUCUGUGCAUCAGCGGAACCCCAAAGAUACGGUUGCAUACCGGUCUUCUGCUUGUUCAGCUCUGUGGUGGUGAAAGAUGGUGGGGUCAGUUUCUUUCUAAUGUUCUUCAGGAAUUGUACAAUUCGGAACAGCUUCUCAUCUUUCCACAAGAUAGGGUCUUCAUGUUACUUUCCUGCAUUGGUCAAAGAUCACUUAGUAAUAGUGGAGUAUUAGAAAGCUUACUUAAUCUUUUGGAUAAUUUACUAUCACCUCUUCAGCCACAGUUACCCAUGCAUAGGAGGACAGAAGGAGUGCUAGAUAUUCCCAUGAUCAGUUGGGUUGUUAUGCUGGUGUCCAGAUUGCUGGAUUAUGUGGCAACUGUUGAAGAUGAAGCAGCAGCUGCAAAGAAACCUUUGAAUGGUAAAGAAAGGGAGAGGUUUCUGACAGGUAAUCAGUGGAGUUUUAUUAACAAUAGUCUGCACACUCAGAGCUUAAAUAGAUCUUCCAAAGGCAGCAGUAGCCUUGAUAGAUUAUAUUCCAGAAAAAUCCGAAAGCAGCUUGUUCAUCAUAAACAGCAACUUAACCUACUAAAAGCAAAGCAGAAGGCAUUGGUGGAACAGAUGGAAAAGGAAAAAAUACAGAGUAACAAAGGAUCAUCAUAUAAACUCCUGGUAGAGCAAGCGAAACUAAAGCAGGCUACUUCAAAGCACUUCAAGGAUUUAAUUCGUUUACGUCGGACAGCAGAAUGGUCGCGCUCUAAUUUAGACACAGAAGUUACAACAACAAAAGAAAGUCCUGAGAUAGAACCACUUCCAUUUACUCUUGCCCAUGAACGUUGUAUCUCAGUAGUCCAGAAACUUGUUCUGUUUCUCCUCUCCAUGGAUUUUACAUGUCAUGCAGAUCUCUUAUUAUUUGUUUGUAAGGUUCUUGCACGCAUUGCGAAUGCCACGCGGCCAACUAUUCACCUGUGUGAGAUUGUGAAUGAACCCCAACUGGAAAGACUUCUGUUACUUUUGGUUGGAACUGACUUCAAUAGAGGAGAUAUAUCCUGGGGUGGUGCUUGGGCUCAAUAUUCCUUAACUUGUAUGCUGCAGGAUAUUUUAGCAGGAGAAUUGCUGGCUCCAGUAGCCGCAGAAGCCAUGGAGGAAGGAGCCGUAGGUGAUGACGUGGGGGCCACCGCUGGGGACUCUGAUGACUCCUUGCAGCAGGCCUCGGUGCAGUUGCUGGAGACCAUUGACGAACCUUUGACACAUGAUAUAACAGGAGCACCUCCUCUCUCCUCCUUGGAAAAAGAUAAAGAAAUUGACCUUGAGCUACUUCAAGAUCUAAUGGAAGUUGACAUUGAUCCUUUAGAUAUUGAUUUGGAAAAGGAUCCUCUUGCAGCCAAAGUUUUCAAGCCUAUAAGCAGUACAUGGUAUGAUUAUUGGGGUGCUGACUAUGGCACUUACAAUUACAACCCUUACAUUGGAGGCCUGGGAAUUCCUGUAGCAAAGCCACCAGCAAACACAGAGAAGAACGGGUCCCAGACAGUCAGUGUUUCAGUGUCUCAGGCUCUAGAUGCUCGCCUAGAAGUUGGACUUGAACAGCAAGCAGAACUUAUGUUGAAAAUGAUGUCUACCUUGGAAGCAGAUUCUAUUUUACAGGCAUUAACAAAUACAUCUCCUAUGUUAUCACAGUCUCCCACUGGAACAGAUGAUUCACUUCUAGGGGGUUUACAAGCAGCAAACCCAACCAACCAGCUUAUUAUACAGUUAUCAUCUGUCCCCAUGUUAAAUGUUUGUUUCAACAAACUUUUUUCCAUGCUUCAAGUCCAUCAUGUUCAGUUGGAGUCACUUCUCCAAUUGUGGCUCACAUUGAGCCUAAAUUCUAGCUCAUCUGGAAACAAAGAAAAUGGAGCAGACAUAUUUUUAUAUAAUGCUAAUCGAAUACCUGUCAUUUCAUUAAAUCAAGCCUCAAUAACCAGCUUUCUCACGGUGUUAGCGUGGUAUCCCAAUACGUUGCUCCGGACGUGGUGCCUUGUGCUUCAUAGCCUGACACUUAUGACAAACAUGCAACUUAAUUCUGGUUCCAGCAGUGCCAUUGGAACUCAGGAGAGUACUGCUCAUUUGUUGGUUUCAGAUCCAAAUCUUAUUCAUGUGUUAGUGAAAUUUCUUUCUGGCACCAGUCCACAUGGAACAAAUCAACACAGUCCACAGGUGGGUCCAACAGCUACACAAGCUAUGCAAGAAUUUCUUACCCGGUUGCAAGUACAUCUUUCUUCAACAUGUCCUCAGAUAUUCAGUGAAUUUUUGCUCAAGCUGAUUCAUAUACUUUCAACUGAAAGGGGUGCUUUCCAGACAGGCCAAGGACCUCUCGAUGCUCAAGUGAAGCUCUUAGAAUUCACUCUGGAGCAGAAUUUUGAAGUUGUUUCAGUUAGUACUAUUUCUGCUGUGAUAGAAUCUGUCACGUUUUUAGUGCACCACUAUAUCACUUGCUCAGACAAAGUAAUGUCUAGAAGUGGAUCUGAUAGCUCUGUGGGUGCACGAGCGUGCUUUGGGGGACUCUUUGCCAACCUCAUUCGUCCAGGUGAUGCAAAGGCAGUUUGUGGUGAAAUGACAAGAGAUCAACUCAUGUUUGAUUUGCUAAAACUUGUUAACAUUUUAGUGCAGCUGCCUCUUUCAGGCAAUAGGGAAUACAGUGCAAGAGUGUCUGUGACCACCAAUACAUCAGAUAGCGUUUCUGAUGAAGAAAAAGUCUCAGGAGGCAAAGAUGCCAAUGGAAGCAGUUCCAGUCCUCAAGGACCACCUGCAUAUGUUGCCGACCUCGUCUUAGCCAACCAGCAGAUCAUGAGCCAGAUUCUGUCUGCUCUGGGCCUAUGCAACAGCAGCGCCAUGGCAAUGAUCAUCGGGGCAAGUGGAUUGCAUCUCACUAAACAUGAAAAUUUUCAUGGUGGGUUAGAUGCCAUAUCUGUUGGGGAUGGAUUAUUUACCAUACUGACAACCCUUAGUAAGAAAGCCUCAACAGUACACAUGAUGCUGCAGCCAAUCUUGACCUACAUGGCGUGUGGUUAUAUGGGCAGACAAGGCUCCCUUGCUACUUGCCAGUUAUCUGAGCCAUUAUUGUGGUUUAUUUUGAGAGUGUUGGAUACUAGUGAAGCCUUGAAAGCAUUCCACGAUAUGGGUGGUGUUCAGCUCAUAUGCAACAAUAUGGUUACUAGUACAAGGGCUAUUGUGAACACUGCAAGAAGUAUGGUAUCAACUAUCAUGAAAUUUCUUGAUUGUGGUCCGAAUAAAGCUGUUGAUAGCACUUUGAAAACAAGAAUACUAGCUUCUGAGCCUGACAAUGCAGAAGGGAUCCAUAACUUUGCACCCCUAGGUACAAUCACGUCUAGCAGUCCUGCUGCCCAGCCCGCUGAAGUGCUUUUGCAGGCCACACCUCCCCACAGAAGAGCUCGCUCUGCGGCUUGGUCCUACAUUUUUCUGCCCGAAGAGGCUUGGUGCGACCUCACCAUUCACCUUCCUGCAGCAGUGCUGCUUAAGGAGAUUCAUAUACAGCCUCACCUUGCAUCUCUUGCAACCUGCCCGUCCUCAGUGUCUGUUGAAGUAAGUGCAGAUGGAGUAAAUAUGCUACCUUUGUCCACUCCUGUUGUCACAAGUGGUCUCACCUACAUAAAAAUUCAGCUUGUGAAAGCUGAAGUGGCUUCUGCUGUCUGCCUUAGACUCCAUCGCCCGCGAGAUGCCAGCACACUAGGCCUUUCACAAAUUAAGUUACUGGGCCUCACCGCUUUUGGUACCACUUCUUCAGCAACAGUUAAUAAUCCUUUUCUUCCAUCUGAAGACCAGGUGUCUAAAACAAGUAUUGGAUGGUUACGGUUAUUACAUCAUUGUCUUACUCACAUAAGUGACCUGGAAGGAAUGAUGGCCAGUGCAGCUGCCCCCACUGCCAAUCUGCUGCAGACAUGUGCAGCCUUAUUGAUGUCACCGUACUGUGGGAUGCAUUCACCAAACAUUGAGGUUGUGCUCGUGAAGAUAGGCCUACAGUCCACUCGGAUUGGCCUGAAGCUUAUAGACAUUCUCCUGAGAAAUUGUGCGGCAUCAGGCAGUGAUCCCACAGAUUUGAAUAGCCCUUUACUUUUUGGAAGGCUGAAUGGACUCUCUUCUGACUCCACAAUAGAUAUUCUUUACCAGCUUGGCACCACUCAGGAUCCUGGAACAAAAGACAGAAUUCAGGCCUUGUUGAAAUGGGUCAGUGACUCUGCACGAGUGGCGGCUCUGAAGAGAGGCGGCCGGAUAGACUGCGUUUGCCCCAACUCUUCAGCGAUCGAGUAUGGUCUUCUCAUGCCAUCUCCAUCUCACCUGCACUGCGUGGCGGCAAUUCUGUGGCACAGUUACGAGCUGCUUGUCGAGUAUGACUUGCCAGCGCUGCUGGACCAAGAGCUCUUUGAGUUGCUUUUUAACUGGUCCAUGUCUCUGCCCUGCAGUAUGGUUUUGAAGAAAGCUGUUGACAGUCUGCUUUGCUCAAUGUGUCACAUACACCCAAACUAUUUUUCGCUGCUCAUGGGCUGGAUGGGAAUUACUCCUCCUCCAGUGCAGUGUCACCAUCGACUGUCCAUGACAGACGACAGCAAAAAGCAGGAUCUUAGUUCGUCUUUAACAGAUGACUCUAAAAAUGCACAAGCACCUCUCGCCCUAACUGAAUCGCACUUGGCAACCCUCGCUUCCUCUUCUCAGUCUCCAGAAGCUAUUAAACAGUUACUAGACUCAGGUCUGCCUUCUCUUCUCGUGAGAAGUCUGGCUAGUUUCUGCUUUAGCCACAUUUCUUACUCAGAAAGCGUUGCUCAGUCUAUAGAUCUUUCCCAGGACAAACUCAGACGGCAUCACGUCUCCCCACAGUGCAGUAAGAUGCCUGUCACUGCAGACCUGGUGGCUCCUAUUCUUCGGUUUUUGACAGAAGUUGGCAAUAGCCAUAUUAUGAAAGAUUGGCUUGGUGGUUCUGAAGUCAACCCACUGUGGACAGCACUUUUGUUUUUGUUGUGUCACUCGGGAUCCACUUCUGGAGGACAUAAUAUAGGUGCACCACAGGCCUGUGCAAGAUCAGCGUCUCUUCCUUCAGCUGCCACAACGGGGCUGACCACUCCGCAGCGCACAGCCAUUGAGAAUGCGACGGUCGCAUUCUUCCUGCAGUGCAUCUCAUGCCACCCUAACAACCAAAAGCUGAUGGCACAGGUUCUUUGUGAACUAUUUCAGACAUCUCCUCAAAGAGGAAACCUUCCAACAUCUGGGAACAUUUCAGGGUUUAUACGGAGAUUAUUUUUGCAGUUGAUGCUAGAAGAUGAGAAAGUGACAAUGUUUCUUCAGUCUCCAUGUCCACUGUACAAAGGUAGAAUAAAUGCUACGAGCCAUGUCAUCCAGCAUCCAAUGUAUGGUGCAGGCCACAAGUUCCGUACUCUUCAUUUGCCAGUCUCAACAACAUUAUCAGAUGUUCUUGACAGAGUGUCAGAUACUCCAAGUAUUACAGCUAAACUAAUUAGUGAACAGAAAGAUGACAAAGAAAAGAAAAACCAUGAAGAGAAAGAAAAAGUUAAGGCGGAAAAUGGGUUUCAGGACAACUACAGUGUUGUUGUUGCCUCUGGACUGAAAUCCCAGUCAAAACGUGCUGUGUCAGCUACCCCACCUCGCCCACCAUCCAGGAGGGGGAGGGCAUUGCCCGAUAAAAUAGGAAGUGCAUCCUCAGGAGCAGAGGCUGCCAAUAAGAUCAUGACUGUCCCGGUGUUUCACCUGUUUCACAAACUCUUGGCAGGCCAGCCAUUGCCAGCUGAAAUGACACUUGCCCAGCUUUUAACUCUCCUGUAUGACCGAAAACUUCCACAAGGUUAUCGCUCAAUAGACCUGACUGUUAAAUUGGGAUCAAGAGUUAUCACAGACCCAAGUCUGUCAAAAACAGAUUCUUUUAAAAGACUACAUCCUGAAAAAGAUCACGGAGAUUUACUUGGUACCUGUCCUGAAGAUGAGGCUCUCACCCCGAGUGAUGAAUGCAUGGAUGGGAUAUUGGAUGAAUCUUUACUUGAAACUUGUCCCAUUCAGUCACCGUUACAAGUUUUUGCAGGAAUGGGUGGACUGGCUCUUAUUGCAGAAAGACUACCCAUGCUGUAUCCGGAAGUAAUUCAACAGGUGAGUGCUCCAGUUGUAACUUCUGCCACUCAGGAAAAACCAAAGGAUAGCGAUCAGUUUGAGUGGGUGACCAUUGAACAGUCAGGGGAAUUAGUUUAUGAAGCACCAGAAACCAUCGCAGCCGAACCUCCACCCAUCAAGUCCGCAGUGCAGACCAUGUCUCCCAUCCCUGCCCAUUCUCUGGCUGCUUUUGGAUUAUUUCUUCGUCUUCCGGGCUAUGCUGAAGUGCUACUAAAAGAGAGGAAACAUGCCCAGUGCCUUCUUCGGUUGGUAUUGGGAGUGACAGAUGAUGGAGAAGGAAGUCACAUUCUGCAGUCUCCAUCAGCCACUGUGCUUCCCACCCUUCCUUUCCAUGUCCUUCGUAGCUUGUUGAGUGCGACACCUUUGACCACUGAUGAUGGCGUACUUCUACGGAGGAUGGCACUGGAAAUUGGAGCCUUGCACCUCAUUCUUGUCUGUCUCUCUGCUCUGAGCCACCAUGCCCCACGAGUUCCAAAUUCUAGCCUCAACCAAGCAGAGCCGCAGGUGUCGAGCGCUCAUCACCCUACAUCAACGGAAGAACAGCAACUGUAUUGGGCCAAGGGAACUGGCUUUGGAACGGGCUCUACGGCUUCUGGCUGGGAUGUGGAACAAGCCUUAACUAAGCAAAGGCUGGAAGAGGAACAUGUCACCUGUCUUCUGCAGGUUCUUGCCAGUUACAUAAACCCUGCGAGUGGUGCGGUGAAUGGUGAGGUCCAGGCAUCUCAGGAGAGUCGAGGGCAGAACAGCCACGCCCUUCCCUCCGUCCUUCUGGAGCUCCUCAGUCAGUCCUGCCUCAUCCCAGCCAUGUCGUCAUAUCUGCGAAAUGACUCGGUUCUGGACAUGGCGAGACAUGUGCCACUCUAUCGGGCUCUGCUGGAAUUGCUCCGGGCCAUUGCUUCUUGUACGUCCAUGGUGCCCCUACUGUUGCCUCUUUCAACAGAGAAUGGGGAAGAGGAAGAAGAACAGUCAGAGUGUCAAACGUCUGUUGGUACAUUAUUAGCCAAAAUGAAGACCUGCGUUGAUACCUACACCAACCGUUUAAGAUCUAAAAGGGAGAAUGUUAAAGCAGGAGUAAAACCAGAUGCGUCUGACCAAGAGCCGGAAGGACUUACUCUUUUGGUGCCAGACAUCCAGCAGACUGCCGAGAUAGUCUAUGCAGCCACCACCAGCUUGCGGCAGGCCAACCAAGAAAAAAAACUCGGUGAAUACUCAAAGAAGGUGGCUAUGAAACCCAAACCUUUGUCAGUAUUAAAAUCACUUGAAGAAAAAUAUGUGGCUGUCAUGAAGAAAUUACAGUUUGAUACAUUUGAAAUGGUGUCUGAAGACGAAGAUGGGAAAUUGGGUUUUAAAAUAAAUUACCACUACAUGUCUCAGGUGAAAAAUGCAAACGAUGCCAAUAGUGCUGCCCGAGCGCGCCGCCUGGCCCAGGAAGCUGUGACGCUCUCAACCUCACUGCCUCUAUCAGCAUCCUCUAGCGUGUUUGUGCGCUGUGACGAGGAGCGACUUGAUAUCAUGAAGGUUCUGAUAACUGGUCCCGCAGACACCCCUUAUGCAAAUGGAUGCUUUGAGUUUGAUGUAUAUUUUCCCCAAGAUUAUCCCAGUUCACCCCCUCUUGUGAAUCUAGAGACAACUGGUGGUCAUAGCGUGCGAUUCAACCCAAACCUUUAUAACGAUGGCAUGGAAGACCGGAAGAGAAGUGGAACCCUCAGACUUCAAGCUUUUUGCAAGUCCUGGUGUCUGUCCAGUCCCUGAUAUUAGUAGCUGAGCCUUAUUUUAAUGAACCAGGAUAUGAGCGAUCUAGAGGCACUCCCAGUGGCACUCAGAGUUCUCGGGAAUAUGAUGGAAACAUCCGACAAGCGACAGUUAAGUGGGCCAUGCUAGAGCAAAUCAGAAACCCUUCGCCAUGUUUUAAAGAGGUUAUACACAAACAUUUUUACUUGAAGAGAGUUGAGAUCAUGGCCCAGUGUGAGGAGUGGAUUGCAGACAUCCAGCAGUACAGCAGUGACAAGCGGGUGGGCAGGACCAUGUCUCAUCACGCGGCAGCUCUCAAGCGUCACACCGCUCAGCUCCGCGAAGAGCUGCUCAAGCUUCCCUGCCCUGAGGGCUUGGACCCCGACUCCGAUGACACCUCGGAGGUGUGCAGGGCCACAGCAGGUGCUGAGGAGACUGUGCUGCACGAUCACGUCAAGCCUGGCAGCAGCAAAGAACUCCCCAGCGACUUCCAGUUAUGAGCUGCUCGAUGUGGACUUCCUAGACACAAAGGCUUCGAAGCACAAGCCAAAUAUGUCCAUAUUUGUAUGUAAGAAACUAAUUAUGUAAUAGGUAAUGAAGCUGAACUAUACUAUGCCCUUAAGGAGAUCCAGUUUAAUUCGAGGUGAUCUUUCAUUUACCUGUACAAGAGUGUAAACUUUUUUGUGCUUUUAUUUUUCAAUUGUGAGAACCACUGAUUGGUAUGUUCAACAAAUUUGUGUAUACAAAGAAAUGGAUAAAUCACUGCUAUAUAAGGGAAACUACCUUAGGAAAGAAUGUUUACUGAAUGUUUAUUUUAUUUUUUUUUUUACUGUAGAGUGAGGGGUUGUUAACAAAGAAUAUAUAUUGGUCAUUCUUACAAGUACUAUUUAAAGUCAGCAACUUUUCACUGAAUUUGAUAGAUUUUAUGUUUGACCAUAUCUUCAUGCUCAUAUUUGAUUUCUGAAGACCUCCUACAUACACUUCAAUAAAAGUUAAAUGGACAUACUCCCUCUUUUUUGAUUUACUGGUACAUUUUUUUAAAUAAUAAAUCUGCCAUAAAAUGCAUUAUAGCUGGAGACUUGCACUUGUAUGGAUGAAUUUAUUACAUUCGACAUAUUUAAUUUUAUGCCUUCUAAUUCUACAAUGCAGAAAAUAAAUGAACAUGAUUUUAUUCUAUGCCAACAUUUGGGCCUCUGAAUGUAUCUGUUGCUUGAAUUCAAGAAUAUGAAAAGAGUGGUCAUUUUGGGAAGUCAUCAACUGCUUCUUUUCCUGAAGGGCUCCUUUUACUGGACUGUCUGGUUUCAGACUGAAGUCACAUGUACCUGCUAAGUCCGGAGGCUGUGCGAGGGGAGGGUGUGCCUCUCUGGUGCUGUCACAGUUCACUCUGUACCUGCCAUACAGGCUCAUUUUCAUGCAAAUCUUCCUAGAGCCAAAUAAAUAAAGACCUAGGUGAAUUAGUA